AUGGGGACAGGGAUGGGAUAGGGAUGGAAACAAGGAUGGGAAAGUGAUGGGAUAGAGCUGAGGACAGGGAUGGGAUAGGGAUGGAAUAGGGGUGAGAACAGGGAUGGGAGAGGGAUGGGGACAGGGGUGGAACAGAGAUGGAACCAUGGCUUGGGAUAGCUGGGAUUCCCUGGAUUCAGGGAUGGGACAGCCAGAAUGCCCCAGGGCAGACCCAGGGGACAUCACCAGGCUCAGGGACAGCCAUGACACGCUGGUGCAGAUGGCAGGGACAUACCUGUGCAAACUGUGCAGGGAUGUGUUGAGGCUUCAGGCCUCAUCAGUGGCACAGGAACAGCCUCACCACCUUGAGAAGGUUCCGCAGGCCUCAUCCUGUGGGACACAAGGCAGGAUGAGCAGGGUGGGUGACAGCUGGGUCCCUCCCAAACAGCUGCUCCACACCCGUAGCCUUUGCUGCUCGUGAUUUAAUUUCUCAGACCCCUUGCCCACACACUCUGGGCAGACAGGAAAACCACAGAGGGCAGGACAGGAAAACUGCAGACCCAGGAAUUGCACUUGUGGUGUUGGCUGUCUUCCCUUCGCCUCCCCUUGUGAUUCAGUGAGGCUGGAUUUGGAUGCAGCCAUGGAUCUGAGGGGACAAUUGCAAGGAAGGAGCCAAGAGAAACCACCUCUGAAGCUUCAAGGUGUGAAUUGGCAAAACUUCACUUGAGACAACACUGAGCCCAAAGUGCCAUCUCUGCAGCUGGAACAAGGAUUCAGCAACCUCUAAGAGCAGCCCCAGGAUGAGGAAUCUCCUUCUUGCUGUGCUCCUGGCUUGUGGGCUGCUCCCAGCUGGCACCAGCAUCCUGGAGCUGGAGCGGAUGAUCAGGUCGACCACAGGGAAGAGUGCCCUGCUCUCCUACAGCUGGUACGGGUGUUUCUGCGGCAUCGGGGGCAGAGGGACCCCCGUGGAUCCCACCGACCGGUGCUGCCAAGCCCACGACUGCUGCUACAGGAGGGUGAGGGAGGGCAAGUGCAGCCCCUUGAUCACCCCGUACACCUUCGCCACUGAUGACGGACACAUCACCUGCAGUAACAAGCAGAGCUGGUGUGAGAGGGAGACUUGCCUGUGUGACAAGGCAGUGGCCUUGUGCUUCGCAAGCACUCUGCCUUCGUACAGUCAUUCCUACCGCUUCUACUUCAAGCUGAAAUGCCAAGGAGACAAGCUCCAGUGCUGAGGAAGGGGAAUAUGCACACAGAGCUCCAGAUUUUGUCUGGUUUCCCCCACUGCUGUGGCAAGAAAAGCCUGGGGUGGGGGCUGAGCAGAAGCAGAGCCCAUGAGGCUCCCUGCGAGGUGCUCAGCGUGAGGAAGGGCACACGUCUUGAAUGGAGACCCCCCAGUUCUCAGAAAGACCCACCAACGUCCUCUUUUUUGUCCCUUCCUCCUCCCUUGAUUUCACUUCCCAGCAAAGAUAAUAAAGACCUACAAUAAAA